AUGGAGUCAGGAUCCGCUCGUUCCACUCUGAACUCAGGCGUGCACGAUCUCGAUCUAAAAUGGGCGACAAUCUUUAAAGAGAACCCUCAACGCGUGGUCGAUAUCUUUGAUUUAUCGUCCAACGCUGUUGGGAAAAGGAACAAAUGGGGAGACACUAUCAUGGAUAUGGAACAUGUUCGGUUCGGCAUACAAAACGCCAUAGUGACCCCCGACCGACGUGAUCAAUGGGACGGCCUUGUCGUUGCUGAUAUUGUCGGCAGGUUAUGCGAAUGCGUGAAUGGUGUACGUUCCACGUUCGGGUACCGUCUUGCUCCCACUCCUCCCGGCGAACCGAUGCGGUACCACUCGGCACACUAUGAUCCACUCUGGUACAUCGCACAGAUAUGUGAAGAACUUGGGUCCAACCGACGCUCGACCAACACAAUAGUAGUUUCCACUCUUCGCCGCUACUGGAAGAGCAUGAUGCAACGUCUAUGGGAUAAGCCUGGUCAAACUAACGUUCCCCUCUCGGAGAUGAAGUUUGAACGAAUACCCGUAUAUGUUAUUGUAGAGACAAUGUGUGAGGUCACGAUGGAUACAUCCUUUGUAUCGAUGCUGCAGAAAGAUGAGGACCUAACCACACGCCUCAUAUUUCGCUACUUGAUGCACUCCACUACGCCGGACGAGUUCCAAAUCAUGCCUACCUUCCUCCGUUCGGUAUACGUUGGCAAUGAUACAGACGAAACUCUCAACCACGCUCUGCUGAUGAAGAAAUUAUUCAGAGAUAUCCAAGUCGGAUGUAGGGGCCUCCAUCGCUUCAUUGAAAAGCUCGAGUGGUUAUUACGGAACCUUCACGAGGACCCUUAUUUCUGCGGCACCACCAUCCAGACUCUCAGCAUACUUUUUGACUACAGCGUCAUAGCUAGAAAAUGCUUGUCGAGGGGCGAGCCCGUCUUUGCGCGAUUUUUUGUGAAGAAGAAAGGCAUUUGGAAGUCCGUCUUUCAGACUCUUGUUUCAGCUAGGGAGAUCGUGCACGGAAGCUCCAGGGUCGAAGCGUCGUCCUCGAUGAUUGAUUUACCCGAGGCGGUAAUACAACUCAUAUCGUGCACCCUUUCGUCUACAGAGGAAUCGAUUCCCGAAGAAUUGAUCUCUUUUAUUCGACUUCUGGUCCAGGCCGGCAUGUUUGCCGCGCUUGAUGAGGCUUUAGCACGGUCUACCUCCUCAACAGGCACGUUCAGUAUGUAUGCUUCAGCUAAUAUGCCUCGCGCCUACACUUUUGGAUUGACUUGA